UUGGCCCGGUGCCCCCGCGAUACAUGGUAGUGUUUUUUGUGUAAGAGAUUUGUGAGCGCCGGACCAGCAACCAUGACUCGUCGCAUCGACGAAGAUACGAUUCUUCAACUAUUAUUAGAAGAUAAUAGUGACCAAGAAAAUUCGUCAGAGAGUGAGAAGGAAGACCACAUCGAGGUUGAUCUGGCUUAUGUAUCAGUAAGUGAGGAUGAAAUUUCGUCUUUGGACUUGGCAUCAAUUGAAGAACAGAUACCAAGUACUUCGGCACAAGAACCUAACGAAUUGAUUAUUAUACCAUCGCGUAACAUACUUCGCGGAAAAGAUAAGCACAAAUGGUCAUCGUUAAAGCCAAAGUCACAAGGCCGAACAGUCGCAAGAAACAUUGUGCAUAUUAGACCAGGCCGCACUCGUAUGUGUAAAAAUGAAUUAGAUCCUUUUCGUUGCUUUUCGUCUUUUAUUACAGAUGAUAUAGUAAAUAUAAUUGUCACUUAUACUAAUGCUGAGAUUGUAAUAAAAUCUGAAAAAUACAAAAAUUUUGCAUCACAAGUUAGUCGAGCCACAUAUGCAAAAACGUAUACUUGUGCCCACACUUCAAACUGGCCUGCGCGAUUCGAUUACACAAAUUUUGAAUAUGCCAGGAAGUAGUAGAUCGAGUUUGACACUUGAAACUGAAGCUACAGGUCAUCCUAUUGCAAAAAAAAAGAAAAAUUUGUGCCGUAUGCCCAUCAGCAAAACGAAGGAUGACGAAAACUAGUUGCUACAAGUGCAAUAAAUCAGUGUGUGGUGAAUACAAACUUGAUAUGUGUCACAAAUGUCUUAGUUCAUAGUUUUUUACCAAAAUUUUUACUUUUUUUGUUGAUUCGAUGUUUAAAUUUUGAUUAUUUGACUUCUUUUUCAAAGUUUUUUUUCUA